AGCUCAGCCACCUUAAAUCCGGCAUUAACAGAAUUAACCCAGUCGUGCCGGGAAACUCCUACCCUGUUUUCCAGACAAUCAUUAUCUCCAACUGUCUUACUGCAGAGGGGUCAGAUUUACUUGAGCGUACACCAGUUCCGUUGACGUCAGAAGAGUUGAGCGAGGCGACAUCAUUUGGACGGGCGAGAGGGGAAGAAUCAGGCGGUGAAGAAGAAGACACACAAGCAAGACUCGGUUAAACCAAACCAGCUAGGAUGGGAAAUACAACCAGUAGCGCCAUGUCAAAGGAAAUCUUGGAGGACCUGAAGCUGAGCACAAAGUUCACUGAGACCGAGAUCUCUCAGUGGUACGAGAACUUCCAGAAGCAGUGUCCAUCAGGCCGUAUUACCCCGGAGGAGUUUGAGCAGAUCUACUCCCGGUUCUUCCCCGACAGCGACGCCAAGAGCUACGCCCGGCACGUAUUCCGCUCCUUCGACACCAACGACGACGGCACCCUGGACUUCAAGGAGUACAUCAUUGCCUUGCACAUGACAUCCACCGGCAAGACCACCCGAAAACUAGAGUGGGCCUUCUCGCUUUUCGACGUAGACAAGAACGGAUACAUCAACAAGACGGAAGUCACAGAGAUCUGCCAGGCCAUAUUCAAACUGAUCCCCAAGGAGGAGCAGACCAAGCUGCCCGAGGACGAGAACACACCCGAGAAGAGGGCCAACAAGCUGUGGUCCUACUUUGAAAAGAAAGACAACGAGCGCCUGGCGGAGGGAGAGUUCAUCAAGGGAGUGAUCGAGAACGAAAACGCGAUGCGUCUUAUUCAUUACGAACCGAUAAAACAGUGAAGACUCCGAGGAUCUUCGUCUUCUUCCUCUCUCUUUUGUGUAAUUACUUGUUUCAACAGUGUCUUUGUUCCAUGAAACCUUUCCGUUUCAGCAUGGUCAGUUUGGUUCACCAUAGUUUGUCGUUUGAACUAAAUACACCAGGGUCUCAGACAAAACAUUAUGACCACCUAGCCUGUUAAGCAGCGAGGACAAAGCAGUGACCAUGUGUUGGAUGGUAGGUUUAAAUGUAGUAGAUCGGAUAAGCUUUAAUAUUAUAGAGGGAAAUUAAGGAUGCACUUUUUUAUUUUGCAAUUAUGAUAUCGGACGACAGAAUUCCAUUGUGUGUGAUACAUUCUGAUAUGAAAGUUGGAUUCUAGCACUGCAGCUAAGACAAGGUUCGACAUCUUAAACAUAUUCAAGUCUUGCGUUCAGAUCUGGGAUGCUAUAUUCGUGUCACUGAAUUCUGACAUUUUUCUGAAUUCAUUCUCCAAAAUGAAGAUAUUUCUAAAAUUAGAAAAAUGUUUGGACACUGAUCGUAUGAAGCACGUGACCUACAAAGACCGACCGCUUGUUGAUGAUUGAAUUGAAUUAAAGAAAUUAUUUGAAGAAAAGCAGAGCUGUGAGAAUCAAAAAAAUGGCUUGUUGUUGUUUGACAUUGGACAUAAACAAUCCAAAAAUAA